AUGUCUGGGGUGGGUGAAGUUCUAGCCAUCGUCAGUUGUGUGGCCGGACUCAUCCAAGCCUAUGAUUCUGGCACCCGCAUCGUCCGACAAAUCAAAGCGAGGCGCCAGGCCCAUGGCGCCCUCCCACCCUCUGACCUACUCGAGCAAUCUAUCGAGCAAGGUAAGAGGGAAAUCCAGAAGGUAGUCGAAAACGGAAAGCAGCGCUUCGGCCCAUCUUUCGAAGAAGGCGAUGGUGAGUACCUGGAACCACCAAACAGCAUAUAUCAAUCACUAACGUCGCAAACAGCCACCGCACAAAACGCUCUCUUCCGCAUCACCAUUGCGACACAGCAGGCUCUUUUGGAUGGCCUCACUCAGGCUCGAGAAGACGAUGGUAUCAUCGAUUUCGAAUAUUGUGUCAACACCUCGGACAAGGGUCGCAAUGAUGCCCUCAUCGCACUCCAUCAACUUUUCCAGCGCAAACUCGAGGAAGAGAUGGAGAGAAAGAGAUUACAACCCCCAACAUUGUCCACGGCGGCCCCUGCAUCACCUAUCGCACCUCCACCAUAUCAGCAUCAUCCUGUCCAAUCUGCAACUGCCAAACAAGACCAGCAGCCUCCAUCGCCAUUACCGAAGAUCAAGAAAUCCCGAACAUUUGGUGAAGCGAUUGGCUUCCGACGGAAGUCAAAGGAUAACAAAGACCUGUCCCCGACAGUAUCAAAUGUCCCAGACUCAGACAAAUUGGCCGAACUGUCACCCAGAUUGUCACAACACGAAAUCCAACCCUCGGUAAACCGGCGAAACACGAAUUCUUCUAUGCGUUCAAACGCCACCUGGUCCAGUGGUUCUACCGACUCUACUGUUGGUCAACCGAGACCAAUUACUCGAGCAGACACCUCCGCAUCUUCCAUCACCAUGGUCUCCCGGCGUGAUACCAAUUUCUCAACCAUCUCUGGCAUGUCUUCAAUGUCUGCCGUCUCAUCCAUCUCACCCAUCACAAAAUAUGGUGCUUGUUGCAAGUAUGCCUACGAAUUACGAGACGGCAAUGUCAAGAAAGGCCUGAUGCUGCAGUUGGCUGGCUUCUACAGCGAUCAUGCCUUUUAUGGCUGCGCCAGCACCAAAUGCGAAUUUCAAUGUCCAGCCUACAAGGACAAGAGUGGAUUCAGGAUGGACACAAGGGUUUUCAACACUCCUGGAGGAAUCAAGUAUCGAUGGCUGUUUCUUGCGAAAUCGCAUGUUCAGCAGAAGGAUUCUCGUUUUGCUUCAUUUCGAUGCUUGGUUUGCAUCCUCCUAAAGGACGAGUCGGCCGUCUACUCAAACCGAGAUUCACUAUUUGCACAUCUAGCAGAUCAUCAGGGUGCAUUCCUGGGCGAUACCUUGAUUGAAGGUCAAUUGUCCUUUGACAAUCAUGGAGCAAAAUCCGGCGGUGAUCUAGAUUUUGAUAUCCGGUUUCCAGAAGCUGCACCAAUCGAGCCGUCCAGAGAGGAUCAAGGAGUGGCCGUGGUCGUUUCUGCGACACUGCCACUGGAUACUCAUCAGUUUUCCCAGAGCAUACCUAUUAAAACCCCAGCCGUGAAUGCAUAUCCUCAUGAGCCGGAUUACAACCCUUGGGCAACCACUUGA